AUGGACAAGUCACUCGCAAGCCUUUUCGACGACGACAAUGACGUGGAAGACGUGCUAAAACGUCAGAAAACACCUCACUCGGACGACGACGAGGAUGGACGAUCGCCACGGCCAGCAAAGAGAAGGCGACGCGCCGUUGGAGGCAGCUCGGAUGACGACGAGGCAACUUCUGGAGUGAUCGCACCCACCGAGGUCAGCAUGGCCGCGAUGGAGAAUUUAGCUGGCAUGGACGAGGACUUUAGUUUCGAGUGGCGCGGUGCAGCAGAAAUUGAGCAGAAGCUUGCAGCAGAGAUGAAGCGCAGCGCGCCCCCACCAUUGACCCCUCACCAAAUCAUGCCCAGUAGCUCUCCAACACGCGGCGGCGACGAUCCAGACAAGAGGGACGGCAAGUCCAAGAAGGGGAGGGAUGGGGAGGAGAAAAAGCCCAGGCGGAAGCCAGUCAACCUGAACGAGGGCCUCCUGGUUAGUGACAAGGGUUUCCCAAAGCUCAUCAAGGACGUGAAAGACUUCAAACCCAAGGGUAAAGGCCAUGAAGCUACUCCAAAUAUACCAGUUCUGGACUCAUCAAAUGUAUCCCAAAGCCCCUUUCCGCGAAACUGUGACCCGAAUAGAGAAGCUAUGCAGGACAAAGAUGCUCAUGGUACUCCAUGCACUUUCCACGAGGUCACACCCAUCCUAACCGCAACCCAGGGCCAUUUAUCAAGAUGGAAAGACGAAGCGAAAGGUGUACACACUCUCCACGACCCUGACAGUGACGAUGACAGUGACGACGGAGAGAACAAUGGACGGAUGGACGAAGAUCAAGCACCCACGUCGGAUGCUCCAAGUUCGUCGAGAGCACCUUCCAGACCGCCCACGUCUGCUUCAGAGCAUGAAGACGAAGGGUUAUACGACGAAGACUUGGACGCUCUCUUUAGGGACGACAGUCAAACAAACCCACAGCCAGCGCAGUCCAAUUCGGCUUCAGGAUCGGGUGCAGCAGCCUCGGCCACGAUGGACGUAGAUCCCUUCGACAACCCGUCGCUCUGGGAGAAUUUCGAUGACCUCGAAAUGAACGCCCAGCCUAGUAGUGCAGGUGCGCCUACAAAUAAGCCGAAGGCGACCAACGCCUCCAUGGACGAGGAUUGGGACAUCAUGGAUGAGAUCGGGGGGUUCGAUGAAGAACCAGCUGCUCCCAAGCAAGCCAAUCCACCCCAGCCCCAGCCUACAGCACCCCCACCGCCUGAGGACGACGAUAUGGCAGAUUUUUACGUCUGA